AUGGCCUCCCGCAGCUUCUCCAAGGCGCUUCGUUCGCCAAUGGCCCGCCAAUUGGCGGCCAAGCCUGCUACUCAGCAGCGCACCUUCGUUGCUGCCCGCCAGCUCGUCCGCGCCUCUGCCCAGGUCAACAAGGCUUUCGUCGCUCCUGCUCAGCAGCAGGCUCGCGGUGUCAAGACCAUGGACUUCGCCGGCCACAAGGAGGACGUCUACGAGCGUGCCGACUGGCCCCAGGAGAAGCUUCUUGAGUACUUCAAGGACGACACCCUCGCUCUCAUCGGCUACGGCUCCCAGGGUCACGGCCAGGGUCUUAACCUCCGUGACAACGGCCUCAACGUCAUCGUCGGUGUCCGCAAGAACGGCCAGUCCUGGAAGGACGCCCAGCAGGACGGCUGGGUUCCCGGCAAGAACCUCUUCGAUGUCGAUGAGGCCAUCUCCCGCGGUACCAUCGUCAUGAACCUUCUCUCCGACGCCGCCCAGUCCGAGACCUGGCCCGCCAUCAAGCCCCAGCUCGUCAAGGGCAAGACCCUCUACUUCUCCCACGGCUUCUCCCCCGUCUUCAAGGACGUCACCCACGUCGACGUCCCCAAGGACAUUGACGUCAUCCUCGUCGCCCCCAAGGGCUCUGGCCGCACCGUCCGCUCCCUCUUCCGUGAGGGCCGUGGUAUCAACUCUUCCUUCGCCGUCUUCCAGGACGUCACUGGCAAGGCCAAGGAGAAGGCCCAGGCUCUCGGUGUCGCCAUCGGCUCCGGCUACCUCUACGAGACCACCUUCGAGAAGGAGGUCUACUCCGACCUGUACGGUGAGCGUGGCUGCCUCAUGGGAGGUAUCCACGGCAUGUUCCUCGCCCAGUACGAGGUUCUCCGUGAGCGCGGCCACUCCCCCUCCGAGGCUUUCAACGAGACCGUCGAGGAGGCCACCCAGUCCCUGUACCCCCUGAUCGGUGCCAACGGCAUGGACUGGAUGUACGAGGCCUGCUCCACCACCGCCCGCCGCGGUGCCAUCGACUGGUCCCCCAAGUUCAAGGACGCCCUCAAGCCCGUCUUCAACAGCCUGUACGACGCCGUCAAGGAUGGCUCCGAGACCAAGCGCUCCCUGGAGUACAACUCCCAGAAGGACUACCGCCAGAAGUUCGAGGCUGAGAUGGAGGAGAUCCGCAACCUUGAGAUCUGGAGAGCCGGCAGAGCCGUCCGCUCUCUGCGUCCCGAGAACCAGAAGUAA